UUUACAACAACAAUAAAUAAUAUACUUUUUUAAACAUUCACCAGUAAAAAUUCACAUAGCGUAAAAAUGAACUGCGCGCAGAACAGCGACACAGGGCCCGAAAGCGAGCUGGACGUAAUAAUCGAGGAUGACGACCUCUCUGACAUCAACGAUGGCGACGAUGCCAACAAAAACGCCAGCACCAAAAAGCAACUGACCGAAGACGACCCGGUGAAUCUGUACCUCCCACGGCUUAAAACCAGCAUAAUACAAUCCGUGCUUGACAUAAACGCCCACAUUAUACGGCUCUGCCAAGAAUACCAGAACAACAGUUUGAUGGACGACCCUCAGAUCGUCAUGUACCAGAUGCGGCUGCAGUCUAACCUGGCUUACUUGGCCAGCGUGGCGGACCAUUAUUUGGACCCCACGAGGGCGUCCCCCGACUUGAGCCCAUUGCCAUUGCCCAAGGUGCCAUUGGUGGCCUCUGUAGGGCAGGAGAUUGCGGCGAAAAUGGACUACGCUAGGGAGGUUUAUAAGGCGUAUGCGGGGGCGUGGGAGGAGCGGCAACUGGAGCUGUCUAUAAGGGCAAAGAAGAAGAUGCAGGAGGACGAAAGGAAAAUGUUUGAGGGAUUGGAUCGCGAUGGCUUAAAGCAGAAGGUUGACGAGGUCCUGAAGAUGAACAGAGUCGUGCUUGAGAAGCCAGCGGAUGAGCAGAUGGCAUACGAGACAUAUACGCCGUUCCCCCCGUUCAGAGUGCCUGAGGAGGUGAAGCUGCCACCAGGGCUGGCCAAAUGGUCGUUUGAAGAAAACAUUGCCGCGCCCCAGGACGAAUAGCAAAAGAUAGUGGGAAACACUUUUUCUUAUUUAUUGUAUAAUCAAAACCAAAAC